CGAAUUUUGAAGAUAACCGUUCUGCUUCUUCUGCACUCUUCUUCUCUUCUUCACAUUCCAAACCGUCUCUUCUCUAUUCUUCUCCGUCAUGGCGGAGGAUUUCUCCAAGGCGGUCGACGACGGACUCAGGCUCUCCAAGCGUAUAUACUUCGGCAAGGAUAGGGCGGUGGCGCCGCCGAAACCUCCGCCCUCCAUGGCCCGUUCCGCCACGGCGUUCCUCCCUUCCGCGGCGAUGGUCUACGCGGUGAUCUGCGAUCCAGGAAUCGUGGACAACCCCGACAUCCCUAGCUACCAGCCGCACGUGCACGGAAGAUGUGAUCCCCCGGCGCUGAUUCCGCUUCAGAUGUACGCAAUUGAGAUGGAAGUUGACUGUCACCACGACACCGCGUUUGUCACCGUUUCUGGCACUUGGAGACUCCACUGCAUCAAGGGAAGCCGCUCCUGCGAUUGCCGUGUUGCUAUUCCCAUGGGCCUUCAGGGUUCAAUUCUAGGUGUUGAGGUUAGCGUGCCUAGAAAAUCUUAUACUACUGAACUGGUUGUUCUGGAAGAUGACAAAGGGAACCAAAACUUCGCGCCACCUCAAAAUGGAGGGUUUCUUAUCCCUAAUAUAUUUACUUUAACUAUACCACAGAUUGAUGGGGGUUCCAAUUUGUCGAUUAAAGUUCGUUGGUCUCAGAAAAUAGCCUACUCCAAUGGCCUGUUCUCUUUGGAUGUACCUUUUAACUUUCCUGAUUUUGUCAACCCUGCGGGGAAGAGGAUACCUAAAAGAGAAAAGAUACGAAUUAAUUUGGAUGCUGUUACUGGAGGCGAGCUUCUGUGCAAGACAAUAAGCCACCCAAUGAAGCAAGUGAGGCGUCAUGCGGGUAGUAUGGACUUUGUGUAUGAGUCUGAUGUUCUCGCGUGGUCUAAAGUUGAUUUUAGCUUUUCAUACGCCGUUUCUUCAAGUCAUAUGACUGGUGGUGUUGUUUUGGAAUCUGCAUCCGCACAUGAUCUUGAUCAAAGAGAAAUGUUUUACAUGUAUCUUUCUCCAGGAGAUAUUCAAAGUGAGAAGGUAUUCAAAAAGGAAAUAAUAUUCCUUAUUGACAUCAGUGGUAGCAUGCAGGGAAAGCUAAUUGAAGACACAAAAAGUGCACUGUUAACCGCUCUCUCCAAGUUGAAUAGUCCCGACUCAUUUAAUAUUAUAGCCUUUAAUGGAGAGACUUAUCUAUUUUCCAAAUCGAUGGAAUUGGCUUCCGAGGAUGCUGUCGAAAGGGCUACUGAGUGGAUUAACGUGAACUUUGUUGCUGGAGGUGGUACAAAUAUUUCACGUCCAUUAAACACGGCAAUAGAGAUGCUCUCCAAUGCUCAAAAUUCGGUCCCAAUAAUUUUCCUAGUUACAGAUGGAACCGUUGAAAAUGAGAGACAAAUUUGUGCUAUGGUAAAGAACCUUAUGAUUAAUGGAGAGUCAAUAUGCCCUCGAAUCUACACUUUAGGCAUUGGUUUAUUCUGCAAUCAUUAUUUCUUGCGGACCCUUGCAAUGUUUGGUAGGGGCCAAUACGGUGCUGCAAUUGAUGUUGAUUUGAUUGAGUCUCGAAUGCUGACACUGUUUGACAAAGCUUCAUCUCUCGUUCUUGCAAAUAUCAAAGUGGAUUCAUUGGAUGAUAUUGGGGAACUCGAGGUAUACCCUUCUCAUAUUCCAGAUCUUUCAUCAGAAGGUCCACUGAUUUUAUCUGGAAGAUACAAGGGAAAUUUCCCUAAAACUCUUAAAGUCGAAGGUAUUUUGGCUGAUUUCAGUAAUUUUGUAGUAGAUAUGAAGAUACAAAAUGCUAAGGACAUGCCUCUACAAAGGCAGGUUUGUGCUAGAGAUCAAAUAGAGCAUCUUACCGCUCAAGCAUGGUUUUUGGAAAAUAAACAGCUAGAACAGAAGGUUGCAAAACUGAGCCUGCAGACGGGCUUUAUCUCCGAGUAUACACGAAUGGUUUUACUUGAGACCGAUCAUCUAAAGAAAGUCAAGGAAUCAGCCGGAACGAAAGAAGCGUCAAAAAAGAGCAAUGGUCGGUUUGAGACAGGCGUCCAAGGGCAAAGAAUGAUUUUACUACCACAUUUGGGUAUCGGCUUUGGCAACUUAAGUGCAACUGUUGAAAAUACUCCUCCCGGAUAUAAAUCGAAAUUGCCUGAAGUUCCUGAAAUCUUCAAGGCGGCCACAAAUUGUUGUGAAACGUUGUUAAGUUACUGCUGCUGCAUGUGCUGCAUCCAGUGCUGUGCUCGGUUAAACAACCAAUGUGCAACUGCAUUGACACAACUUUGCAUUGGUCUAGGAUGCUUUGGCUGCAUCACUUGUUGUUCAGAGAUAUGCUGUUCUGGAAAUGAAGGCUAGAAUCUCAAUUUUGUUGUAUGAUUUUUGUAUUCACUGUUUAUAUAGUUGUCAGUUGGGAAAAUGUAUAUCAGCAAGUCAUACUUGUUAUAUUGUAUAGUUUUUUCUGAUGCAAGUUUAAACUUGCAAUAGAUAUCAAAUCAAAUUAUAGCAUUCUAUCAACAAAGAAA